AGCCGCCGUCAGCAGCAGCAGCAGCACCAGCAGUGGCCGUCGCACCUGCUGCUGCUGCUGCUAAAGCCGGCACCCCGGCUGAGAGUACGGGCGGGGAGUACGACACGGAAAUGGUUGAUGGCGACCUGGGUGACGGGGAGCUGGGUUACGGUGACGAUGUGACGGUUGCGGAGACGGGCGACGUGACACGGGACGAUGAUGGAGAGGAGGUGGCUCUUCUGGGCGAUGAGGAGGAGGAGGAUAUGAUGGAGGAGCACCUGGACGAUGUGGACAACCUGGACGAGGAGGACCUGGAGACGCAGCAGCUCUCGGCAUCGCUGGGAGGGGGCAGCGGCGGUGUGGGCCGGGGCGGGCAGCGGCACCGAGUGACAUUCGACUUGGGGGAUGAUGUUGCGGAUGACGGGGAUGACGGGGAUGAGGAUUACGAGGGGGAGGAGGAGCUGGAUGAUGGGGGAGAGAGCGAUUGAGGAGGACGAGGAGGAGGAGAAAGGGGCAAGGAGGUAGAAAGAGGCCGUGUGGUUCUAGUGACCGCAUAUGUGUUGCGGGGUUGCAUUGGUUGGGAGUUGGGGCCAAAGAGACACCAAACCACAAGUGAGGGCAUUGGGGCGCUGUGGCGUGUGGUUCUUAUGUGAUGUCUAUGGAAGCCACCCGGGUACGCUAUGCUGCUAGGUAGACUCUUUAGAAAGCUGGCCGCUGAGAGGUGGGUAGGCCAGUGACGGCAAAAGCUGUACGGCAGUUGUUGCCAGCGCUGCCAUUCUGGCUGAGAUGGGGUUGGAUUGGGGUUGUG